AUAAACAAUAUGCCACCAUGCCACCACUUUUCCACCAAGACAACUACGAUCAGUGUAUGCUUUUGGACGAUGACGCUUUGUAUUGUUCAUUCACUUACAAAGUCAGAUCGAAAACCAAUGGUGAAAAUGGUAUGUGGAAGAUAAUCCAGGAAGUAAGUUCUGACAAGUACAACUACAGGCACGACCAUCUUCGACACUGGAUUUGUGUUCCAUCAACUUGCCCUGAAAUUAACUUCCAUGGCAAAAAUCACUCGGAAGUUCAGAAGGACGUUGAACAUUGUUAUAAUACGAAAUAUUCCCGAUACGGGCUAAGGGGCAGUAUAGAAAAUUUCAAAUGUGACAACAGAUCAUCAAAGUAUCCAAUGGAUUGGCUUGAUAUUGUUGUGGCCAUGAUUUUCACACUAAAUGUAGUGGUUGUUGUAUUUGGCACAUUCUACGAAGGAACAGCUCGGUUCAAAUCAGAAGAGGAGUAUCAAAAAUUGACUAGUAAAGGUUGGAGAAGAAUAGUAUCUGCCUUUUCUAUACCAAGGAACUGGCAUAGACUAAUAACCGUUAACAUCACACCAGAUAAUGAGAAACUGCGGUCUAUGCAAGGUAUUCGGUUUUACACGAGCCUUAUAGUUAUUCUUGCCCAUACCGUCCUGAGUGCAACGAUGGGACCAAUCGCUAAUACAAAAUACGUGGAGAUGAUUCCAGGAACGGCAGUAUCUGUACUAUUGUCAAACGGUUGCCUAAUAAUGUCCUUAUUUUUUUUCACGUCCGCUUUUUUUGUGAUGUAUGGACUUUUCUCGCAAUUUGAGAAGAGAGAAUUGAAGUUGAAAGAUCUAGUCGGAGCUGUCAUCAGUAGAUAUAUUAGGUAUGUAGUUCUUUUCAUCAAUAUCAAUUCAUAUAAUGAAAGUAUUUGUCUGCUUGUCCGUGCGUUGAAAUGCGCUAAUUUAAAAAACAGACUAAUCGAUUUUGGUGUGGUUUUCAGUAAUGCAUUCAUUUCAGUCGGUUGGUGAAUGGAAAAGUUGAGUCAAUACUACUAUGAGAAUAUCGUUGUUUAGGCUGAAACUCUUAUCAACUCUAUAUUUUCUUUGUUAAACAUUAUUAUUUUCAA